CCCCUUGUGGUGUCGGCUUUUACUGAAGAUAUUCCCGAAACAAGGAUACGUGAUUGUGAACGUGCCAAUCCAAGAGCGUGAAUGCAACGUUCCGAUAUAUACGAGAGUUCUGAGCCAGUAUCCAAUAAGAGGCGACAUGUUAUGUAGUCCCCAUUUGCGUUUUUAACAUAAACCAUGGCCGUGGGUAAUGUGCUUCUGUUCAAUCCUUUUGCUUGAGUAGAUUGUGCAGUGCCUUGCGCACAUACAAUCGAUGGUGAGCCCUCUGCUUGGGCAAUGUGACUUGAAGUCACCGAAGUGUUAUAAUGCGCGUUUGAAUUGCUCUGAUUAUCCCCUUUUGUUUGCGCAAAGGUCCCGAUAAUACCCGAUGUAGUAUCUGGUAAAUGGAGUAGUGAAUGGUGAUGACCUUUGCAUUGUUUACAUGUGUAUUUUGAUUUACACUUGUUGCUCAAAUGACCAGGCUUCAUACAGUUAUAGCAUAGAUUUGUAUCUUUUAGAAAAGAGCGCCUUUGCAAACCUGUCAUUUCCAAAAAUUGUGGACAGCCAUACAGAAUGUGUUCUGUCGAAUGGCAUUUGGUGCAGUUGCUGCCUUCAACUGCCACCAUCGAGUGUGUGAUUCUUUUUGAUUUGUCCCCGUGAGUUACUGUUUUCCCUUCAGACGAAGGCUCCCCUUUGCUUUGUUCCAAUUCCUCGCAACGAGCAUCCAAGAACUUGAAGAAGUCGUCGAGAGUGGAGUGCAUUGUCUUCCUCUGGAUCCCCAUACCCAUCCACGUGUUCGAGAAGGGCAAUGGAAUCUCCAAGUUGUGAGAACUCUUUCCAAGCCGAUUGGAGCAGUUCCAUCCGUGAGGUGACCUGCGCCGUUGUAGUUGGUUCCUCCCGUUCAGCCCAAGCCAAUGCGCGUGUGAUAAUUGCCCUUGAGUCUGCCACGGGCUUUUACCAAUGCCUUUAAUUGUUCCAUUGUAAACAAUUUUCAAUUAACACCAAAGCACACAAAACUGUUCAAGAAUCCGGCUCGAAGGACCAAAGAAUGUUCGCAAAUAAUAUGCUCGACGGAUUUGAUUCUAGUGGACUGUAUUUAUUUUGUUCUUGUCCAGUUCGAUGUCUAUUUGGUACUGAAAAAUGCCGUCGCAGCGUCGGUAAGAAUAUGUGUGUAUACAAAUUUUCGUCUCUUCCAUUCUCUUCUUGUUCUCUUUUGCCGAUGGUUCUUCGCUUAGCGAUGGACUUGUUAUACGUUCCUCAACAGAAAGUAAGAGGGAGGAGAGAGAAUAUAAAUGAGCGAAGGGUCGAUUUUAGAGGAUUUUACAUGGGUGAGAAAGAGGAUUGAGAUCGAAGUUAGUUUACAUUAUCACCGAUAGGUGAUAGGUGUGGCAGGCCGGAUCGCAGCCCCUCAGCAACACUGAUCUUAGAGUCGUUCGCUGGUGUGGCAGCACCGGCGACUCUGCCAAGCGGUCUGGCAUCUUGAUAUCUGACUUCGACGCUAAGCACAAUGAAUGUAGUUUAAAUAAUAAUUAAUAAAGAUCCACAAUAAGAACUCAAGCGUACAUUGGCCAAUGCGCUAAAGUGGUGACCCCCACGUUAAAAAACAACCGCAAAUGCAAGAACAGCAACAAACAUGGCGAACACGGAGGCCACACUAAAUGAGUUAAGAGAGAAACUGCAUAUGCUUUAAGUAGCAGCCGCACAGCUAACAGCUUCAAACUCUCAACAUUUAGCUCAGAUCAUCAUUCCAAAAUUCAAUAAAUGCAAUCCGCAGCUUUGGUUCGCGCAACUGGAGCGUCUUCUUAACUUGCACAAUGUGGUGCGCGACGAUCACAAAUUUGACCUGGUGUCAAUACAACUGGAGGGAGACUGGCCGUUCGUGCAAUUGAAGAUCUCCUUACUCGCCCACCGCCUGUCAACAAGUACGACGCAAUGAGGCGUCGGCUGCUCGAAACUUUCGGCGAGUCAGAGGAUUCAAAAAUGAGACGGCUGCUCCGGGGUGGAGACAUGACUGGGAAGCCAUCUGAAAUCUUGCUUCACUUGCGUCGCUUGUCACCCGCUAGUGGAUGCGACCUCACCGAGUUGCCUUCGUCGAUUCGUCCGCUCAUUUCGGUUUGGGAGGAGAAUGAUCUGGACAAGCUGGCAAAGAUUGUCAACAAGAUGAUCGAAAAUAAUGCCAUCGACUUCAUGUGUGUUAUGUCGACUCAACCCAAUUCCGCUGACCAUAUUCAGCAGACCGUCGAUGCGGGGGAGUACUGUGGCAGCCCGGAUCGCAGCCCCUCAGCAACACUGAUCUUAGAGUCGUUCGCUGAUGUGGCAACACCGGCGACUCUGCCAAGCGGCCUGGCAUCUUGAUAUCUGACUUCGAAUGAAUGUAGUUUAAAUAAUAAUUAAUAAAGGUCCAUAAUAAGAACUCAAGCGUACAUUGGCCAAUGCGCUAAAAAGGAUAAGGGACGGCCGUAUAUUUACUAUAAGUAGCAUUAAUUAAUUUUUAUGUCUUCGUAUUAUAAUUUUAUUCUUUGUGUGCUCCUGUAUAUAUGUAUCUCCCUUAAUUAUGUGUUCUCUUACCAUUCAACCCUCUAUACGGACAUCUAGAAACCCAGUCAUCCCUUUGUGUACCUAACACUGUCCCAUAGCAAAGUUCCUAUAUAAUAACUACUCACAGCUAACAGCUAGUAAUCUUUCAACAACGAUGGAUGACCUCGAAAACAUUUUUAUCGAUUCCCAACCGGAAUCAACCAUAAAUCUGGACUCUCAGCCGAGCUCCGUAGACCUGUCCUUGAUUUUUGGGAUUAAGACCCAAACCUAUCUCGAGAGCAACUUCACCUGGUUAAGUGACAUUAAAUGGGAUGAUGACGACGAUGACCCAAGGAAUGCAACGCCUAAUAAUGAUAAUCCAUCAUACAUUUUCCCGGAUG